GUCUCAGGUUCGCACGCAGCAUCCGAACAAUUCCACCCUUGUUUUCACGCACAGAACACUACAAAAACCAACUAAAAACACCUAAAUUUAGCAUGUAACUACGUGCACUACCUACGCGUCGGUCAAAAAGGACAAUUUUUACGUGAAAAUGCAUCAAAAACAUAGUAUCUUCACGGUCGGUGUGAAUUUGUUGUUGUCACACUUGUGUGUUCUGACAGCGCAGCCUCAGCCCGUCGAGAAAAUAGCAGUCGGGGCAAUAUUCGCGCAGAAUACAGAAGAAAUUCAAAAUGUGUUCCGAUACGCUAUGACGGUACACAACCAGAACAUCAGCAGCCGAAGACUGGAGUUGCAGGCUUACGUUGACGUCAUCAACACCGCUGAUGCUUUCAAGUUAUCACGACUUAUUUGCAAUCAAUUCGCGCGCGGGGUGUUUGCGAUGCUGGGUGCUGUGACACCGGAGUCUUUUGACACUCUCCACUCUUACACUAACACGUUCCAGAUGCCGUUUGUUACUCCUUGGUUUCCAGAAAAGGUUAUACCACCUUCUUCGGGGUUGAUAGACCACGCUGUCAGCAUGAGACCUGAUUAUCAUCGCGCCAUAGUGGACACGAUAAUACAUUACGGAUGGAAGGACAUCAUCUACGUUUACGACUCGCACGACGGUUUACUCCGACUGCAGCAGCUCUACCAAUCCAUGCAGCCAGGCCGAACCGCAUUCCGGAUAUCACUCGUGAAGCGAAUCAAUAACGCAUCAGACGCUAUGGAUUUCCUGUUGGCCCUCGAACAGCACGAUCGCUGGGGAAACAAACGCAUUGUUCUUGAUUGUAACACCAAAAACGCCAAGAGCAUCAUACUAGGCCACGUGCGUAAAGUGCAGCUGGGCCGACGGACUUAUCACUACAUGCUGAGUGGAUUGGUUAUGGAUGACCAUUGGGAGAACGAGGUGACAGAGUACGGAGCGGUGAACAUCACAGGGUUUCGUAUAGUCGACAACUCGCGUAAGAUCGUACGCGAUUUCAUGGAUGGCCUGCGACGCAUGGACCCCCGAUUCAAGGGCACUAUAUCGGCCCAAACAGCUCUAAUGUAUGACGGCGUGCAAGUGCUAAUGGACGCUCUGGGCAGGCUGUGGCGGAAAAAGCCCGACGCAUUUCGGAGCGCUUUACGUCGGGCCGCCGGUCAAGCGAACUCUACUAAAGUCAUCGAUUGCAACCCGGGAAAGAGCUGGGUGGUGCCAUUCGAGCACGGAGAUAAGAUCUCGAGACUUAUUAAGAAGACUGAUAUUGAAGGGCUCACUGGAAACAUAUCGUUCAAUGAGGAAGGCCACCGCCACAAUUUCUCCUUGCAAGUUGUGGAAAUGACUGUACAAAGUGCCAUGCUCCAAGUUGCUACGUGGUCUGAUACACAAGGCUUGACCGUUGUACAGCCGAAGUACGUCCAGCUACGCUCACCAGCUUCGUACGACACGAACAAAACUUACAUAGUGACGAGUAUCCUGCAAGAGCCAUAUUUAAUGCAAAAAUCUGAGCACACACACGCCGACGAGAAGUUCCAUGGCUUCGUCAAAGACUUGACGGAUAUCAUUGCGAAGAAAAUGGGAAUCAAAUAUGAACUACGUCUUGUGAGGGACGGUAAGUAUGGAAGUGAGAGUCCGAGUGGCUGGUCGGGGCUCAUCGGGGAAAUUGUUCGAAAGGAGGCGCAUAUUGCGGUGGCACCUUUAGCUAUCACGCCGGAGCGGGAAAAAGUUGUUGACUUUAGUGAGCCAUUCUUGUCUAUCGAUGCCCCGAUGCCAAAUAAAAGAGUACCUAAACAACUCUCUGAUACAUUCAGCUUCUUAAAACCUCUAUCGAAGGAGAUAUGGCUGUGUGUUCUGUUCAGCUUCUUUGCUGUUAGCAUCGUACUAUUUCUGGUGUCUAGAUUCUCACCUCACGAAUGGCGUUCUGUGACCAUAUCCGACACGCAACUAGACCGGCCUAUAAGCAGCACUAACGAGAUAAUACUGCACAACGACUUUAGCAUUUGGAACUCAUUUUGGUUUUCGCUCGGAUCGUUUAUGCAGCAAGGCAGUGAUGUCGUUCCUAGAUCUUUGUCGGGAAGAAUUGUGGGCACGGUGUGGUGGUUUUUCGCACUCAUUCUGGUGUGUUCUUACACGGCCAACUUGGCGGCUUAUUUGAUCGUUGAGAGAAUCUCGGAGCCCACCCAGCCACUGAAUCCACCGGGCGGUGCACAAUAUGAAAAUUUACCGUUAUCUUGGAGCCACUUAGUAAAGGAAUCUAUGCUAAUUGGAGAUGAUGAGAUCACAAACGAGUACCAUGGUAGCGGCAAGUAUCGUAUCUCCUGUGAUUCAGCGACGCGAGUUUGUCAUUACAAGCAUUUCAAUUUCGCUAUUGCGACAGCUAAAGGAUCACCGCUGAGAGAGGGCAUAAACUUGGCUAUAGUAAAUUUAAAGAAGGACGGUGUUGUCGCUAAAUUGUGGCGCAAAUGGAUAUUGAACACGAAGCAACCGGAUUGCGAUUUAGUUAAAGAUGAAGAAACAUCGAUAACGGAGAUAUCACUGAGCCAAGUCGCGGGGAUAUUCUACGUGCUGGUUGGCGGUUUGGCGUUAGCGCUCGCGGUGGCUCUUCUCGAAUUUUGUCAGCACGGUCGGGCGGAGGCAGCCCGUGCAAACGUACCUUUACGCGCAGCUCUUAGGGCUAAAGCAAGAAUGGCUUCGAGGACUGACCGCAAAACACCGAUACAACGCACUCCGCAAAGAGACCACGAUCGCCUCGGGUGGAACGGUGCGGCUUUCGCUGGUUAUUUCACCGCCAACACCCAAAUAUCCCAGGAUGAUGCGGUCCACGCGAACUUCACUCACGUCUGAUCCGCGGAAAAGGGCGGAGGAGUGAACGUGCGCCGCUCCUCCGUCACGAAGCAGCCAACAAACAACGGCGUAGAUCUUUAUCAACUUUAAGAGGCGCGAGCAAUUUGAGUCCUUACUGUUUUGAGUUUAAGGCUUUAAUCACACUAUAUCAACUGCGCCGGUCUUUAUCAACUUUAAGACGCGGUUAAUAUUUGUCUCUAUUGUUUUAGGUUUAGGCGUAUAUCUGAAUGCAUCUAUCUGCAUUUACCAUAGUGAAAAGAAAAAGGUAAGGCUGGAAGCCGAGAUAAUAUUCAAAUAGGCUACUGUGUCAGUUGUCAGUUUGCUGGCUGUCAAGGUAAUGACUGAUAGUUAACCUGUCGUCUAGUGGAGUGACUGGUGACUUUUCAGUCACCAUCCGUUUUCUAUCAUUCAUGACUGAUGAAAUCGACAAAUCGACAGCUGCAUGAGCGUCUAUUGGACGCCUUAGCUACCUAUUUCAACGGUCUCAUCGAUCGCAAUUCAUUGUCAGGUUUGGUACACAAAAAUAAGGAUUUUGCCCUGCGGUCGUUAAAAACCAGACAGAAUUCAAUAAUACAGAUUUUAUGAUAAUCCUAGCUACAUUAAAUUUUCACGUUGCAAGGUGUGUUUUCUUCUUUUUUAAUAUAAUUCUUCUUUUUUAUUAUUGAUAUGAUUAGAUGAAUCGCUAAGUAUGAUAAAAAAAAUAAGAAUGCCACACGAAAUCUCUUUCGGAAAUUGUUUAGUCGUACGAACCACUAUCGAAUUCGAUCUCGAUACGUGACAAAUGUUAAGGUUUUUUAAUAGAGGUUUUUAUAAUUCUCAUUACGUCCGUUAUGGCUUUGUUAAAAUUUCCAUACAAAACUUCUUGACAUUUGAUGCAUCUCGAUACGCUUUAAGACUUGAAUUCAACUAAUUAUUCGAAUUCGAUAUUUGUUCGUGCUAAGGGUAAUGAUCACUGAGAAAAAUCUCCAGGGUGAAGAACAUCUACAUGAUUACAUUAUUUAAAGUGAUCAAUCCUAAUAUUAUAAGUAAUAAUUUAUUUGUAAUCGAUUUUUUGUGUAUUAGUAACUGGAAUAUCUUUUUAAGCAAUUUUAGUAUUUCUAGUACUUAAGUAAAUUUAAUACGUGUACAACAAUGCAUUACUAAGGUUUACACAAAAUAACCAAUUGUAACGUUAUUGUAUAAAAAAAUAUCGCAAACAGUUAUAAAUAACAUUUUAUAAUAGUAUUAUUGUUAUUUACAUUUUAAUAACUUGAAUAAAUGUAGUACUAUUUUUUUUUUGUAUUUAGAUGGUAAAUAAGUUGAGAUGAUUUUAAUAAUGAUUAAAUUAAAACACGAUUUUAACUGUAUACCUUGAUUGGGUGAAUUUAGCCUAAGUGCCGGUAUUAAAAAAUUCCAACUACUUCCAAAGUAACACCAGUAAUAAAUGAAUUUAUAUUCCAGUGUAAGAUAAACAUUGUUUUUAGGAGUCCAUUAUUAAAUAAAUUUCUUAGUAUAACAAAUACUGCUUAUUUAUAUCAUAAAAUAGACUAAAUAAAUGCAUAGUUCUAUAAUAAUCCGCUUUAUGACUCGCAACGUAAGGCUUCCGUGAUGUAUUAUAAUAUAAUGGAAGAAAAGCUUAAUAAAUUAAUAUUUGUAAUAUCAAAAUUUAUCCCAAAACAGAUCAUUCUUAGAUACAUGCUAGAUUCCUCGAUAUUUUAAUAAUUGUGACUAGAUAACAGUUUUAUAUUGGAUAUUUACAUAUCACCCAUUUGCAGGAAAUAUCUCACACAUUCAUCAAAACCAACUUAAACUUAAUGGUACAUUACUGCAGCGGCCAGCGAAAGAGGCAUCGAUGGACGAAUGUGUACGUAAAUCCAUCAAUGCCUAGUUGUGGCCAAUACUUCUUUAGUAUUUUUCUCCAGUAAUGAGUGGAAAUUAUUACUUUUUCAAAAUCAAUGAGGAACAAUUUACAACAAUCAAUUUUCUCUUGUUAAAGUGUUCAUUUGUUUAUAUUUCAAUAAACAUUUCUUUCUAUUUGCAAGCCCGUUCGAAAUUUAAAUAAAACCUUUGAUAAGUUUCCUCCUUAAACCCCCUUUACACCCCUGCCAAAACUAUGUCAACAUUGGCCAAUACGGGAGUGUAGAGCGAAUAUUGGGCUAUAUUGGCGUUGUCUCGUGGAUGUUGGCAUAGUCUCGCCUCAGUGUAGGAAACAUCAAUGGGUUCUCGGAUAGUUUUGUGUAUUGGCAAAACUUUCAGGGCAAAUAAACUAUUUUUUUCAUUUUGAUAGUUAUUUGUUUUUAAUUACUUAUUUUUUGUUGAUCUGUGUAAAUAGAGUAUUUUAGCGUACGUUUAUUUGUGGAGAGCCUGUCUCUUGUACUCUCGUCAAAGCCCCCUUUUGACCAAAAAGUUUGGCCCUCUCGAGAAAGAAGAAAACAAGAAAACACGCUCCACAUUUUCGACCCCUCGUCGAAGAAAACACGCUCCACAUUCUCGACCCCUCGUCGAAGAAAACACGCUCCACAUUUUCGACCCCUCGUCGAAGAAAACACGCUCCACAUUCUCGACCCCUCGUCGAAGAAAACACGCUCCACAUUCUCGACCCCUCGUCGAAGAAAACACGCUCCACAUUUUCGACCCCUCGUCGAAGAAAACACGCUCCACAUUCUCGACCCCUCGUCGAAGAAAACACGCUCCACAUUUUCGACCCCUCGUCGAAGAAAACACGCUCCACAUUCUCGACCCCUCGUCGAAGAAAACACGCUCCACAUUCUCGACCCCUCGUCGAAGAAAACACGCUCCACAUUCUCGACCCCUCGUCGAAGAAAACACGCUCCACAUUUUCGACCCCUCGUCGAAGAAACACGCUCCACAUUUUCGAUCCCUCGUCGAAAAAAACACGCUCCACAUUCUCGACCCCUCGUCGAAGAAAACACGCUCCACAUUUUCGACCCCCAGUCGAAGAAAACACGCUUUACAUUCUCGACCCCUCGGCGAAGAAAACACGCUCCACAUUCUCGAUCCCUCGUCGAAGAAAACACGCUCCUCAUUCUCGACUCAUCGUCGCAGAAAACACGCUCCACAUUCUCGACAAGGAUUUGGAGCGUGUUUUAGUUCCCAAGCUUUGGAGUAAAAGGUCGUUCCAUUUUGAAAUAACACAACAGAUAUGAUAUUACUAUUAAAUUUAUUUGUCCGCUAAAUACGACAGAUAUGAAUUUUCAUACAACUUUUGCCGGCCGCUGCUCGCGUGUUUUUGACCAGUACCCCUAGCACGAACCAAUACCGAUUUCGUAUCGUUUGCGAGUCCGAAAUGUCAUUGUCAAAUGUGUACUGAUAUUUAGUUCUCGUUACGUGCUUUGUGCCGCUGCUGUUCAAGUUUUCAUACAAAAUUUGACAUUGACAUUUCGGUUUUGAAAACUAUUCGAAUUCGAUAAUGGUUCAUGCUAGGGGUACAGUACAGCAAUUUGCAAUUUAUCUCGAAGAAGGUUGUCAAAUUAAUGUUCAAAUUUCCAAGCCUGUUUGAGAAAAUACAAUUUACAUUUUUAUGACGACCUCCGUGGCCGAGUGGUUUGUACGCCGAGUUUCAUGGCUGUCGCCGACUCGAGAGGUCCCGGGUUCGAAUCCCGGUGGGGGCAGAUGUUUGUGUGAUGAAUACGAGCACUUGUACUCCAGUCAUGGAUGUUUAAUAUGUAUUUAUAUAAAUAUACUUAUAUAUGUACAGUAUAUGUAUUCUAUCCGUUACCCUAGCAUCCCAUAACACAAGCCUUAUAGUGCUUACUUUGGGGCUAGGCUAAUUGGUGUGAGUGUCGGAAAUAUUUAUUUAUUUUAUUUAUUAUUUAACUUAAAUUUGCACAUGAGUUUUAGUCAUGGAAAGAUUUCUUCCAGGGCUAACAUAAGCUUUUUGCGACUCGAUAACGGUGGGUGAUACAUAAAUAUUAUAGGCACAUAUAAUUAUUAUAGAAAUAUAUUUUACAUAAUAUUACACGCACAACAUAGCAAAAUGUAUUUAAGCUUGAAGUUAUAAAAUAUAUUUUAUAGCAAAACUAUCGUUCGUUCAUAGUGUUUUAAAGUUACAUGUUGUUGCUUUGUUGUUAAUUAAAUAAACAACAAAGAAACAAAAUGUAACUAUUCCAGAAACUAAAAAAAAAUUUUUUUUAUACUUUUAAAUAUUUAAUGGUGUGCGAUAUUUUUGCUCUCAAAUAUAUAAUUAUUGCAUUUACGUUAUUCGUGAAUGUUACAAAAAGCUAGAAAUGAAAAGCAAUAAAGUUUUGAUACCUCAUCUAGAUUUGUAUGUAUGUAAAAUUAAUAUCUUUUAUUAUAAUCAAAUGAGGGAAUCGUCUUCCGAUUAUCUGGCGCAAGCCAAUAUGCAGAGCAAUAUCACAAUGCUUUUACAAAACAUGUGUUCAAAAGUUAAUUAAAUACUGAUAAGGUUAUGAAAUAGCAUGAGGCAUGCGAUUGCAAUCUACAUCAUAAAACCAUGACACGUUAUUGCAAUUAAUAAGAAAAUUACUGUAAUUUUCAAAAAUUAUAAUUAUUUAAUAAUUAACAUUAUACCUAUUUCUACUAUUUUUCCACAUUAUUUCAAUAAUUGAUUUAUUUUUCAUGUAUUAACAUUUUCAUAGUUAUCUUGUUUCAAAAACAAAAUACGACGUAUAUUUGAUACAUUAAAGGAAAAUAAUAAUCAUUUUUAAAUGCAAGUUUUUAUUCUUAUUAAAAAGAACUAAAAGGUUAAAAAUAAUUUAAGUCUAAUAGGAAAUACUAUAUAAAGUAUGCUAAAGAUUAUUACAUAAAAGAUCUUUUAAUGUACUUUAACUAGUGUUAUGACGGGAAAUCUCAAGGUGCUGUGUGCAAAAAGUUAUGACGCAAUAAAGCCAGACUUCAUCCGCAAAAAAAUAGGUUUAUUUUUAUGUCAAUCAUCAAUUACUUUUAGUGUAUUUUAUAAAACUAUGUUAGUGAAUUACAAAAAAAUGCGUUGAGUACAACUCGCACAGUAAGAGUUCUGUAAGUACAUAAUUUCUUUAGCGCCUGAUGCUUUUACAUGCAAACACGUUUCUUUUUUCUAUUCUCUGAUAACAUCAUUAUUCCGCUGAUGAUUUCAGCUAAUUUUGCUUUCUUUGAUAGUACUUGCGGCAUAUUAUAUACGCGUGUAGCUCACCAAAAUCAGAUUGGUCGGAUUGGUCUCGGUCGGGUCCGAGUCUCGAGUCGGAUCCGGGUACGUGUAUGGAAUGGUAUGCACAAUAGUUGCUCCAUCGAAAUAUUUUUUUCAAAAAAUCUAAUUUGCUUGGCCUGUAUACCGAAGCACGAUCGAACCAACUGAUUCCUGACGCACUUGCCCGCUAAUUUGCUUAAGAAUGUCAAAACAGACAAGUUUUUGUUUGUAUAGAAUGCGUAAUUGCACAUAGGACCUUCUAAUUUUAAGGAAACUGUGUUAAUAUGGAUCAAAAAUAUUUGAAAUUUGACAUUUAAAGUCAAUGCAAGAGAUCAUGUUACAGAUAAAAUUGGAAUUGUAGUUUGAAUUUCGAAAUCGCUUUUUAAAUUGCAAACGUAAAAGGAACUUUUUCGAUUUCUUGACAUUAUAAAAAACGUUGGUAAAAUAAUGUAGAAAUCCUUAGUCCAUGGGCAAACCUCCAAAUAAUUUAAUUUCCAAAAUUAGGUCAGAAAUAGAUAAUAAUUAGGUACGGAAGUCAUACACGUACAUUUAAGCAAAAAUCUACCGUAUUGUUUUGAAAUGGUUGUGACAAAAUAAGCUUAUGGUGUCAAUGUGGGCCAGGAAUCAAAUUGGCUGAUCGAACAUUAAUAUUUAUUAAAUGUCAGUAUGAAGAAUUAGAUAAUAGUAUACAUAAUAAUCAUAAUAAUACAUUUUUAUAAUCACAAAUAUUCGCAAAUCACUGCUUAUUAGAGAUUUUUUUUUCUGUAAAUGUAAGAUUUAACGAAAGUAGUAUUUUAUUUGCAAAGCAUUUAGUAGGUAGGGACCUAUAUUGUAUUUCAGAACACAAAAAGUUAAAUGUCGUCAUAAUACCAUAAUAUUUUAUACUUUACAAUUUUACCAUUUGAUAUUUAUAACGUUGAUUGAUAUCAACGUCAUAAAUCAAACGUUAGUCAAACCUUAUACAGAAAGUAUUAGUUAUAAGAAGUCCUUUCUGGGUAUGAAUAGUUAAUAUAAGUUAGGUUGAGAUCAAAUAAACAAAUGUUUCAUACACUUAAAAUAAACUUAAACAUGAGAUUUUCACAAAACUAAAUUAUGUAGUUAUGUAAAUGCACACAAUAAGUAUAAUUUUAAGAAUUUAAAGAAUAUCAAAUUAAAUGUCACCUCUUAUUUAGAUAAAUCGUAUUAUGAUAAAAGCCGGAUAGUUGUCCUACUUUUCAAUAAAGCUCUAUUGGUCAGUGCAUUCGCCUGGAUAGCAAUGGGUGAGUCCCGUCUGCUGCAUGGUCCGCGUGGAUUUUUUUCUAGUAAAAUUUUCCUUCGGUUAUACAUCUAGCAGUUAAAUGCUUAAAAAAUAAAAAAUAUUACUGAAGCUCUAUUGUUCAAUAAAUAAUAUGGACUUACUUGUAGAUAAGCAUUAUGUAUAUCAAUACACAGGUUCUUAGUCUUCCACAGUAGCCUAUUUUUAUAAAGUAAAUUAAUAUUGUUUUGAAUAAAUCCGAUUUUACCAGACAGUUCUUCGAAUGAUACUUGCCUCUUGUGGUUUUAGAUUGAUACUAUGAUUUUUGAAGAUAUUAACGUAUCUUUGUCAAUUUGUGUAAGCAGUUUUAAUCUUGACUGUUUGUGUGUGACCCGUACUUCAACUUUAUUUGAGGACCUUUUCCUCGCAACAUUACUCCUGCUGUUGCUGGCAGUAUUCUUCUUUUAUAAUUUUCUAAAGUUAUUUGCUCACACGGACAAGCCGCGUGCGCCUAAUUCUUCAAUUUACAUGACAUUAAAGCUUACGAGAAAGGUAAUUUAUAUUAGAGAAGAGACACUAAAAAUAUUCCUAACAUAGUCUAAUUAAAACUGGAGCCAUUAUGCAACUGCGGCGACUAUCUGGGUUUUACACUAAUAAAUGACUAUUUGCGCCUGCCAGUUACAAUAAUCUUAACAACUUCUACAUUUAAAUAAAGUCCUUUUUUAAAUUACUUAAUACCACUUUAAACAAAAACAAUAUUGCUAACUACGAUGGUCAAUGUGGUUUGUGGAAAACUAUUUACUAUUAUUCUUCUUGAGUGACGCUAGGCCACACUAUAUGGAGCCUCGAUUGGUAUUUAGAACCAAGCUAUUCUUUUAAUAUAUAAAAAGGAACAGACAUCUUGCUCUCCAUAAUUAUGUGAUUCGUCUAGGUUGGUGCCUAGCUUUAUUUCUAGUUUAUCUCUAAGGUCUUUAUUUCCUUAAUCUACUAUCCCUAACAAAUUUGGCCAUCUAUAAUCCUAAAAUUUUGGUUAGAAAAUAAAACCAGUAUAUCUUAAAUUUCAUAAUUUGUUAAUAUGUUACAAGAAUUUCACUAUCAGUCCAGCAGCAGUAGAAAUCUUUAACGGAAAAAACGGACUGAUGAUGAGUUAGAAUAAAAACAAGAAAAUAUUAAAAAAAAACUAAGCAAUUUUAAAAUUAAUUGAAUUACCAAAUCUUUUGCUAAAUAACCAUCGUAAUACUAAGCAUUAGCGGAGGUUCUUUAUAGAAUGACCUCAGCAUAAGUUACUCAUUAUUAUGAUAAUCUGUGUAUUGUAGACAAUGUGUCGUGGCGCUUUAUUUAGAUUGUGUGGAUCUAUGAAAUCGAGGUAUUAAGAAUUUAAGAUUUAGACGAAACUGAGCGGAGUUGAGACAAAAAGACGAUAAUGUUCUUUCGUUUACAGAAUUCGAAACAAAGAACAUACUACAUCGCUCCCUCUUGCAAUCCCUUAUUUUUAUACUCAUAAAUUUCAAUGGAGUGUAAAUAACUAUGUGCUGUCUUACAAAUUUGACGUUCAUGAAUAAACAAUGUUCACAAUUGUAUUAAAUGUUUGUACUUAGGUAUUUUAAUAUAAUUAGGCAUAAUAAUAUGUUUAAUAUUACUCUAAAUUUAUUUUAAACGUCAAAGCCCUUUGAUAUUAAAUUAUUAAUUGUAUAACUUACUUCCAUUAAUCAAACAUAUCGACUAAGUGUUAUUCUAUUAAUCAGUCAUUAGUUAAUCUCUAUAAUCGAAACUCUAAUAAAGAAUAAUUAUAAUAUAUGAAUCUUUAUUAUUGCCUCCAGCAACAUACUUCAUUACUUUUAUAAUUAGCAUUACUUAUUGAUGAUCAAUCGAACUUACCUUAUAUGAAGUUCUAUUACAAUUAUAUGAGUGCUUCAUCUGGUCUUCAAUUAUUUACUCAUCAUCAUCAACCUAUUGAUGUUCCCACUGCUGGGGCACAGGCCUUCCCUAUGGAUGGAAUAGGGAGAUUGGGCCAUGACCCAACACGCGGGCCCAG